UCUUAUUGGUGCAAUGGCGGACGACGAGUCGAGCAGCGUGCACGAUGGUGAGCCGCAGGACGCGCUGGACGCCCCGGGCGAGGCACCGACCGACAACAACAUCAAGAUCUUCCUUCGCAUCAAGCCCUCCAAGAAGGCGUCGGGCUUCUUUACGUGGGAAGAAGACACAAAUGGGAUGGAGUACAACAUUCCCAAGGAUGUGGCGUCCGGCCUCAUCAACAACUCGCGCACCAACUACAAGUUCAAGUUUGACGGGCUCAUUGGGAUGACGGCCAAGCAAGAAGAAGUGUUUGACCGCAUCGGCCGGCCGUGCGUCGAAAAUGCGCUGUCGGGCUUCAACUCGACUAUCUUUGCGUACGGCCAGACCGGGUCGGGGAAGACCUUUACCAUCACGGGCGGCGCCGAGCGCUACGACGACCGCGGUAUCAUUCCGCGCAGUCUCUCGCUCAUUUUCGAAAAGAUGAAAAAGCACCCGGAAUGUCAAAUUUCGGCCUUCAUUUCGUACCUCGAGAUUUACAACAAUCAAGGCUACGACUUGCUCAACGAAGACCACCAAAACACCAAAGCCAUUGAAGAUUUGCCAAAGGUGAGCAUGCUGGAAGACGAAGACGGUAACUGCCACCUUCGCAACCUCUCGAUGCACCGCGUCGCGACCGAGGAGGACGCGCUCAAUUUGCUCUUUCUCGGCGACACGAACCGCGCCGUGAGCGAGACGUCCAUGAACUUGGAGUCGUCGCGGUCGCACUGCAUCUUUACCGUCUCCCUCGAGUCGCGCAAGGCGGGCAGCGAGGUCAUUUUGCGCUCCAAGCUCCACAUGGUCGACCUCGCCGGCUCGGAGCGGGCGCACAAGACGGGCGCGAAAGGCAAGGUGCUGCGCGAAGCCGCGUACAUCAACACGUCGCUGCACUACCUCGAAAUGGUCAUCGUCGCGCUCCACGAGAAGAACACCAAGGGCCGGACGCACAUUCCAUACCGCAACUCGAUGAUGACAUCGGUGCUACGCGACAGCUUGGGCGGCAACUGCAAGACGGUCAUGGUCGCGACGGCGAGCGCCGAGAAAGAACAGACAGACGAGUCGCUCUCGACGUGCCGGUUCGCCCAGCGCGUCGCACGCGUCCGAAACGACGCGCACUUGAACGAAGAAGUGGACCCGGCGAUCGUGAUCCGCCGCCUCAAAGCUCAGAUCGUCGAGCUCCAGGAAGAAAUCGUGCUCCUCAAGGGCGAGCCCGUACGCGACGAGCUCAAAGAGUACGAGAUGGACAAACUCCGGCAAAAGUGUUUGGACUAUGCCAACAACCGCGAUCUUGACGCACAUUUGGCGAUGGGUGACAUUACGUACAUCAAGAUGAAGGCAUGCUUUGCCUUCUUGAAGAGCUUUUAUCUGGACGGCGUGGGCGACGGAGCGCCGCGCCCGCAAGCGACGAGCCAUUCCAGCAGCAAUAGCAGCAACAACAACCACGUCCACGAAGACCGAGGGGAUGGACCGUCUCAUGCGCGCAUUAUCGAGCUCGAAGAGACGCUGCAGCAGCGCGACAAUGAAAUCGCCAUCCUUGUUGGGAUGCUCAAAAAGGUACGACGAGUUCCAAUGGGUUUAGGGAGGGAACAGUGUGCAGGUGGCCGACGUUCUCAAGACCGUCGCGUCCAAGCCGCCCGUGGCCCCCCAGGCGCCCCCGCCGCCCCCAAUGGCUUUCAGGUCAAAAUUGAUGCCGCCUCUCUCGACGACCCUGCCAAGGCCUUUGAAGUUUUUCGCGACCAGUACCCGAAAAAUGAUGUCAUUCGCGAAAACAAACAAUUGCUCAAGAAAAAGUACGACGAGGCCAAAGCGCUCGCGCAAAACGUCAAUGACGCGCGGGGCGUCAUCAAGGAGCACAUGGCGACGGUCGAGAAGCUCCGCAAGACCAAGGCCCUCGAGUCGCUCACAAGUGGCGACGAAACAACGGCCGCUUCGGACGAAGAGACGGCGCUGGUCGCCAAGAUUGACGCCAAGAAAGCCGAGUACAAGACGGGCUUCAACACACUCAACGACCUCAAGAAGGAGAUCCAGCACAUUCAAAAGCUACUGGAAAUGAGUCGCAUCAAGCUCCAGAAGGACUUUGACUUGUGGUACCAGAGCCAAGGCAAAGGGCAUUUGCUCACCGAGAACCUCGUGCACAAGGCAUCGACGACGGGACUCAAGCCGGCAGUCGACGAGUCACCUGCUAAGCCGGCACCCAAGGCGGCGUGGCCACCGUCGCCACGCACGCCCAGCAGCAACCAGCCCAAGGACGCCGUUCCUACCACCGGCAUCCAGGAGGUCGAUAAGGACGUCUCGGGCUUUUAUGAAGCGCUCGAUAUCCUCAAGCGCCGCAACAGCCGCAAGUAGACACGUGUCCAGUGUAGCUGUCUGUACUACGUUAUCCUAAAGUGUACUACAUCUAGACGUCGU